CGGGGAAGCAAGAGGGGGCUCAGAGGAAGGCGGCCGAGCCGCGCACUCGGCUUUGACGUCGCCGGGCUGCGGCUAGCAGCCUCGCGCUCUCAGCACGUAGCGCACAACGUGACCACACACAGCCUUCCUCCCCGGCAGCCGGGCCGCCUGCGCUCCGCGUCGGCCGCUUCUCCAUCCUCCUCCUCCUCCUCCCUCCUCUCGCCUCCGCGGCGCGCAACCCCCAGCGCCAAUCCAAGGGAUCCCGGGCAAGCGUAGGGCCCGGGGCGCUCCUCUGCCCAGCUCGGGCAUCUCUGCCGCAACUGCGGCCCGCGAGGCGGCCACGCAGCCCGGGUGCCCUCAGCAGGCAGCCGCUCCUCCGUUCCGCUCUGGAUGCCAGCACUCCCUUAGCCCGGGUGGGGAAGCCCUUCUGCGGCUCCCGGGUCUAAACUCCCGCCAGUCCCGACCGCCCCCACCCCCUCCACCUGGCGGGGGCGGCGCGGAAGCGAAGAGGACGCGCGGUACGGGUGGGCACGCGUGGACGGUGUGCGGAUCUGCUCUCUCCACUCGGCAUCUUUCCUCUCCUACAAGUGGCGGUGCUCGGACUCUGCUUUUGGCUCCGGGGAUCGGUGUUGCCGGCAGGAGCACCCUCUUGGCUGGCGGGGCGCUCAAGGCUGUUUGGGAGAGCCGUGGCGGUGGCAGCAGCGGCUGAGGCUGGUGCCUGGCGAGCUCCAGACGGGCACUCCGCUCCCGCCUGGACCCUUUCGUCCUCCUCUCUCCACCUCCUCUCCCUCCUCCCCAUCCCCCGUUUCCCACUCCUCCUCUUCCUCCUCCUCUUCCUCUCCCCGCUCGGCGAUGCGAGUCUGUGUCGUGUAACAGGAUUGGCGUUGCAAUGGCAACUGAUGGAAUGGGGGAAGGCAAGACAGCAGGGCUGGGGGCUCCGGACUGCGGGCGGGCGAGCCGCUGCCGCCGCUUGACGCUCCUCUGGGGACCUUCGCGAGUUACUUUGUAAAGGCGAACCCGGGGCGAGGGAGCCCCGCUUCGUGCCCGGGUCAGAGGCCACUUCCUGCUCCCCGGCUGGCUGUCCAGCGCGGUUCGCAUCGCGUGGCGCCCCCGGGGUCCCUGCCCGCGCCCGCCGCUUGCUCGCGCCCGGAUCCCGGAGCCGCUUCCCCGAAGAACACUUGUCCUCGCGGCUCUGCUUCCCAUCACCGCCCCCUGCUCCUCCCAGGCGUCUGCGAUUUUCCCAGGCGCCCGGUGUGAGUGCGGCUUGCUUGUGAGUGCGUGUAGCGGGGUAUUGUGUAGUGGGAGUGUGUUCGCGCGUGUGCUUGUGUGUGUGUGUGCGUGUGCUUGUGUGUGUGUGUGCGUGUGCUUGUGUGUGUGAGAGAGUGUGUGCUUGUGUGUGUGUGUGUGUGUGUGUGUGUGUGUGUGUGUGUGCAUGAGUGUGGGGUGUGUGGGGCUCCAGCGCUCCGCUCUCGGCCGCCGCCAGGGAAGGACAGACGGACGGCGCUUCCUCCCAUCGGGAGCAGUUCCCGGGCACCUCGACUCGGCCCGGGCACAAGUGGAGCGCGCCUGGCUGGCCGCUGGCCUCCGGAAGGUUCCACUGCGUCCCCCUUGGGCUGGAUAUGUUCAUGUUCACGUGAAGAUGGAUUUAGUGUACGGUCUCGUGUGGCUGCUGACAGUCCUCCUGGAGGGGAUCUCUGGCCAAGGAGUGUACGCUCCCCCGACAGUUCGGAUUGUGCACUCAGGAUUGGCCUGUAAUAUUGAGGAGGAACGCUACUCUGAAAGGGUCUACACUAUCCGGGAAGGAGAAACUCUAGAACUGACCUGUCUGGUUACAGGACAUCCACGCCCACAGAUCAGGUGGACGAAAACAGCAGGAAGUGCCUCUGACAGAUUCCAAGACUCAAGUGUCUUCAACGAGACGUUGAGGAUUACCAACAUUCAGAGACACCAAGGUGGCCGCUAUUACUGUAAAGCAGAGAACGGCUUGGGGUCCCCAGCAAUAAAGUCGAUCCGAGUGGAUGUGUACUACUUGGAUGAUCCAGUAGUAACUGUUCAUCAAAGCAUAGGUGAAGCUAAAGAACAGUUUUACUAUGAGAGAACAGUGUUUCUCCGGUGUGUGGCCAACUCCAACCCCCCUGUGCGCUACAGCUGGAGACGGGGCCAAGAGGUGUUGCUGCAAGGAUCUGACAAAGGGGUGGAGAUUUAUGAGCCCUUCUUUACCCAGGGUGAAACAAAGAUCUUAAAGCUAAAGAAUCUUAGACCUCAGGACUACGCUAACUACAGCUGCAUUGCUUCAGUGAGGAACGUGUGUAAUAUUCCAGACAAGAUGGUGUCAUUUAGACUUUCCAAUAAAACAGCAUCCCCAUCAAUUAAGCUUUUGGUGGAUGAUCCUAUAGUUGUAAAUCCUGGAGAGGCCAUAACAUUAGUGUGUGUUACGACAGGAGGAGAGCCAACACCCUCUCUCACCUGGGUCAGAUCCUUUGGGACUCUGCCUGAAAAGAUUGUUUUGAAUGGAGGGACGUUGACCAUACCUGCCAUCACCUCAGAUGAUGCUGGUACUUAUAGCUGCAUUGCCAAUAAUAAUGUGGGAAACCCUGCAAAAAAGUCCACCAACAUCAUUGUGAGAGCAUUAAAAAAAGGACGAUUUUGGAUCACUCCUGAUCCUUAUCACAAAGAUGACAACAUCCAGAUUGGGCGUGAGGUGAAAAUAUCUUGCCAAGUAGAAGCUGUUCCUUCUGAGGAGUUAACAUUUAGUUGGUUUAAAAAUGGUCGUCCAUUAAGAAGUUCUGAGAGGAUGGUUAUUACACAGACUGACCCGGAUGUAUCCCCUGGAACAACAAACUUGGAUAUCAUUGAUUUAAAAUUCACGGACUUUGGGACUUACACAUGUGUGGCCUCUCUGAAAGGAGGAGGAAUAUCUGAUAUCAGUAUUGACGUUAAUAUUUCCAGCAGUACAGUUCCACCCAAUCUGACUGUUCCACAGGAAAAAUCACCUUUGGUCACCAGAGAAGGAGACACAAUAGAACUUCAGUGUCAAGUAACUGGGAAACCUAAACCAAUCAUCCUCUGGUCUAGAGCGGAUAAAGAAGUCGCAAUGCCUGAUGGGACAAUGCAAAUGGAGAGUUAUGAUGGGACACUGAGGAUUGUGAACGUGUCAAGGGAAAUGUCAGGGAUGUACAGGUGUCAAACUAGCCAGUACAAUGGAUUCAAUGUGAAGCCAAGAGAAGCCUUGGUCCAGCUCAUCGUGCAAUACCCCCCAGCUGUGGAACCAGCAUUCUUGGAAAUCCGUCAAGGACAGGACAGAAGUGUGACCAUGAGCUGCAGGGUCCUGAGAGCGUAUCCAAUACGAGUGCUGACCUAUGAGUGGCGUUUGGGCAAUAAGUUAUUACGGACCGGUCAGUUUGAUUCUCAGGAGUAUACAGAGUACCCAGUAAAAAGUCUUUCCAACGAAAACUAUGGCGUUUAUAACUGCAGCAUCAUAAACGAAGCCGGAGCAGGGAGAUGCAGCUUUCUCGUUACAGGAAAGGCCUAUGCCCCAGAGUUCUAUUAUGACACCUACAACCCUGUGUGGCAAAACCGACACCGCGUGUAUUCCUACAGUCUGCAGUGGACACAGAUGAACCCCGAUGCAGUGGAUCGGAUUGUUGCAUACCGCUUGGGUAUUCGGCAGGCUGGACAGCAACGUUGGUGGGAACAGGAGAUUAAAAUAAAUGGGAAUAUUCAAAAGGGAGAACUCAUUACAUAUAACCUGACAGAACUAAUUAAACCAGAGGCCUAUGAAGUCCGACUGACUCCUCUCACUAAAUUUGGUGAAGGAGAUUCAACAAUUCGUGUCAUCAAAUAUACUGCACCUGUAAAUCCUCAUUUGAGGGAAUUUCACUGUGGAUUUGAAGAUGGUAAUAUUUGUCUAUUCACCCAAGAUGACACUGAUAAUUUCGACUGGACCAAACAAAGUACUGCAACAAGAAAUACAAAAUACACCCCUAACACAGGGCCCAAUGCAGAUCGCAGUGGCUCCAAAGAAGGUUUUUAUAUGUAUAUUGAGACAUCUCGACCCAGACUAGAAGGCGAAAAAGCUCGACUUCUCAGUCCUGUAUUCAGCAUAGCUCCCAAAAACCCAUAUGGACCUACAAACACUGCUUAUUGUUUCAGUUUCUUCUACCACAUGUAUGGGCAACAUAUAGGUGUUUUAAAUGUAUAUCUACGUUUGAAAGGGCAGACAACAAUAGAGAAUCCUCUAUGGUCUUCAAGUGGGAAUAAAGGACAACGAUGGAAUGAGGCUCAUGUUAAUAUAUAUCCAAUCACUUCAUUUCAGCUAAUUUUUGAAGGCAUUCGAGGUCCUGGAAUAGAAGGUGACAUCGCCAUUGAUGAUGUAUCAAUAGCUGAAGGAGAAUGUGCAAAACAAGACCUAACAACUAAGAAUUCCGUGGAUGGUGCUGUUGGGAUCUUAGUUCAUUUAUGGCUCUUUCCAGUCAUCAUCCUCAUCUCUAUCUUGAGUCCUCGAAGGUGACCUUACCCUGGCAGAGGCUAUCAAUGAUUCACCAGGCACUGGCGUGAAGAAAGAGUCUUUGUAAAUGGACACUGAAAAAAACAAACUACCAAAGAUUCCUCCACUGACUACUGACUCAAAAGUUAAUAAUAAAAACAACGUUUUUUAAGCACUGGGGAUUAAAAAAAAGACACCAUGGAAAUAUAACUUAUUCCAAACUACAUAUAGAAGAUAAUCUUGGCCUGGGUACGGAAGAGACCUUCAGGUGCUUUUGUGGCUAAAAGGAUUACAGCUUCAUCUGGUUGAACUCUGGAAAAAGAAAAAAAAAAGAGGAAAGAAAGAAAAAAGAAGAAGAAAAAAAGAGCUAUAGAAAUCCUCGUCAAAGCACAAAGUCAUGGCUGGUUUUGUUUCAAAUGAAUAGUUUGCUUGUUACCAUGGAAACCUAAUGGCCUGCCAACAAAAACCUCACUGUAAACAGGGUACGUGGAGAGCUGGCAUUUAUUUUCCUUUCAAGAAGGUUUUAUGUAGAGAAUUAAAUAAAUGUAGGCCCUUUUACCUUUGGCUGUUACCCUUCAUUGAAAAUACUCCAAACUCAGAAUUAUUUAGAGGUUUCAUGUUCCUCCCCACCUUACCCCCACCGCACUUUACUGUUGUUUGUUUCUGUUGUUGUUGUUGUUGUUGCUGUUUGUCGUUUUUCGUUUUUUGCUGUUUUUUUUUUUCUUUUCCUCCCUCCCAUGGCUAAGCUAGGUAACUGUAUGAUGUCUCUUUUUGCAUGCACUACUAUCCAGGACAGUAAACCUGGGCUUACAUAUUACACAGGCUUAUCGGAGUUUGCUUGCGGCCACUUGAACACCCAAACUACGUCAUCUGUUCCUAUGAAGAAACCAAACCACCAUCUUUUAUAAAUUGCCAUGGAAACCAAGUGCCUUCAAUGAAACAAGCCUGAAUAAUUUUCAACUCAGAAGCUUGCACCGCUAACCAAGGCUUGUGUAAAACUAUUUUGUAAACAGACGACACAGCCUAAGUGUGCACAUUACAGGCAAGACGCCCCAGCCGCUUCUGAAGAAGAAAGGACCCGCUGCUGCGUAAGCCCAUGCAGACAAGAUCAUUUGUUUCACCUCCCAGACAGCCAUGGCCUUUCGGCUUAUUGUCCAUGGAAAGGAACUUCUCUUGAGACCAGACAUGGGAGCAACACUUUUUUCUUCCAGGUUAUUAGAUGGGUCAACCAGAGCAAAAGGUUGCUGUGAUAAUACUUAGCGCAGAAGGUGGUAAAACACAGAAGUGAUUUUUUUUUUUUUUUACUCUAACCUCCGUCUGAAAUGAAAUUGGCCCUGCCUUUCGAGGGAACAAGGAAAUGUUUGAGAUUGCCGUGCGUAAGAACUCUGCCGCGGAACUGGGCCUGACAAAAUCUGGCUUUAUUCUAAACUCUGAGGGUAAUAUGCCUCUGCCCUUUAGUCAGACUCUGUGCAAAUUGUGAAAUAUUAUUUUAUUAUUUUAACAAGAUUAAAAAAAAAACACUUUUACAAAAAAACAAAAACCUGUAAAAAUGAUUUUGAGCUACCUGAGGACAAACCACACCUUUAACCAGCCAGUUUUCCAAUGCAUUGUAAAUUUCACUUACACCUGUUGGUUAUGAAAAUUUGAAGAUCUUUUUCCUUAAAUUAUCUCAGCUUUUAACUUCAUUUAAAAAGACUUUUGUCUAAAGAAGAAUAUUAUUAUGAUCUGUUCUUUUCACACCCCAGGAUUUAAAAAAAUACUGAUUAUGCAAGUAAUUGGGAUCAAAGUAUUAAAUUGCAGUAUUUGCAAAUAUUAAUAUAAAAAGCACAACAAAAUGUAGUAGAAAAUGACAAAGCUUGAUUUUUUAAGACAACUGUAGAAAUGUUUGUGCAAAUUCAAUAAUUCAACUUAAAAUAUAAUUUUACAGCUUUGUUCAAUAAAGGCUCUUUCCAGGUAAGGUAUGAUAAGCAGUAUGUGUGUUUGUUGGACAAUAUUCAAUUAUCACUAAAAUGAGAUUAGUUAUGCAAUUUACUGGUUCUGUUAUCUUGGGAUAAAUCUUCAGUGCUUCAUACACAAUUAGUGUCCACAGAAAGAAAUUUUAAUAGGAACACCCGAUACACUCUCCUUUAUCUGUAAUACAUGUAAAAAAAAAUGUUUACCUCUAUAGGUAAAAUACAAACCAAAUGCAAGUUGAAAUUUAAUGUAUAAUUUCACAGUCAUUUUAAAAGAGGACAUAUCAGAAGACCUAGGUAGUGGCAGCAUCAAGCUAACUCACAUCCUUUAAGCUGAACAGAAGAAACAAAUGAUUAUCAUAAUUUCUUUGACUUAAAUAGUCAUAUUGAAAAUUUUUCAAAAGUUCAAAGUCACUCAUUCUAUCAAACCAAAGAUUUCAAGAAAGUGAUAUCUGGGGCAUCUGGCAUUUGAAAAAUCUGCAAUUGUCUCUAUUUCCACUGUAUUGCAACCAACCACAUCUUUUCAUUAUCCAAGAUUAGUAAAACAGAAUUUAUUUUAUUUUAUUUUGUUAUGUUUUUUGCAUUCUCUUUGCCAGGACACCAAUAGUAUCUUUUGAUUUAAAGAGAGGCUUAAUUUGUCAUCUUCUUUCAGUUAUCUUUAAGUUGAUUUGAAUCAUGCUUUUGCAAAGAAACUUACAGAAAAAGAGACCCCAAAUUUCAGAUUAUUUGAAAACAUGUAUAUCCUUUCAAGAAAAAUAACAAGGUUUGUUUCUUCUAAGCUAUCCCGAGCCAACAAUCUGCUAGAAGUAAAAGUUUGAAUUGUAUCAUUAAGCAUUUAUCAAAUAACUAAAAUCUUUCCUAAACAUUCCCAUUGUAAGAAAACACACUUCCAAAGUUCAUGAGAACUGGCUGGUACUUCAAAAUUCAUUUUGAUUAAACUUCUAAGAAGUUGCCGAUGACUGUGAAGAACAGGGGGCAAUCAGAGGUGAAAGCAAACAGACCACUGGGAUGGUAAUAAAACGAAUUUCUCACAUGAGAUUGACAUCAUUUAGACAAACCAACCAACAGAAUCGGUAUUUCGACUUCAGAUCAAAUGCUCAGUUGCUGUCGUUGAAAGUAAAUGGCUAAAAAUGUGGAAACUUUAAAAAUGAUUUGGGUACGUGGACUGGAAAUUUUGUGAAAUCACCUUGUCUUUAAUAGAACUAAUGACCACGGAACCCUUAAAACACCCCUUUAUCGACUGCUUUCCCAUUCCUAACAUUGCUGUGUCUACAAGAAACUGGACCCAUCAGCCUCCCUGCACCAUCUUGGUAGCGUGUCCGUCUAUAAUGGAGAGAAGCCAGUUGAGCUGAUUUUUUUUUUUAAUGGGGAAGCAUCUAGCAAUCAGGUUUUUGUUUUCUGGGAGUGACAACAUACCAUAUAAUCUCCAAUUAUUGACACUAAUUGAUCCCCAUUAAUCAGAAGUGGUACCACUUUCAUCAGUUAGUUCAAAGAUGUUUCUCUACAUGUUACCAUUUCUACAAUUGGGCCUAUUUUGAUUAUAAUUAGCAGUAUUUCUAUGUAGUGAUAUGAAGGUCCACCCAAGAACUGAGAGGACCUGAGUAUGAAUAUUCACCACAUUCACUAAGGUUGCCAGAAGUGCCAACAAUGCCAAAUAUGAUCUUCUUUCCUUCAAACCUAAAAGUGAGAAAAAAAUAUAACCAAAUCACAAUCAUAGAUUGUAUAACUAAUCAUGGACUAUGCAGGUUAUAGCCUAAUUUCCUUUGCUUUUUUAAAACAUCAGAGUCUUCUUAGAUGCUUUACAUCCAUACCUACCCUUGCUUUUCCAUUUACUAUCUAUUUUCCUACCAUCUGUUCUUAUAGUUCCACCGUGGAUCAUAUGUAUUCCUGAUCUGCUGUGGUCCUUGGUUCCAUGUGACUUGUUAUAUUCAACAGAUGAGGAGUUUGGCCCAUGAUUACAUUUCUUUAAGAGAACUGACAGAUGUAUAGUUACAAUGUCAGGCAGCAGACUUUGACACUAAUGGCCCUUCAUUUCAUGUUUCCCACAGAACUGACUCAGCAGAGCAAUGGAUUAUAUCUGAAAUAGAACCUAGUCUGUUAUACCAUGUAAUAUACAAUGAAAAUAAUUCCAUUCUUUACUUUCAUACUUAGAAAUAUGAUGAAAUAAAUUACAGCUGUACUAAUUUUUCACCAAACAUGAAACUUUAUUUUAAGUACUUUAUAAUAAUAAACUUAUCUACCAACAAAAUGUGUAAUUUAAAGAAUAAUCCAUUUAGUUCUGUACUUAAGACUAUAAACCUAAAAAAAUAAAAUGAUUAUUUUUCAUAAUCAUUUUAAUUUUAUGUUUUUAUUGGUAAUUUUAAAGUUGGUGACAGACUGAUCUGAUUUGGGUAAACUUUUCAAAUGAUUCUCCUAAAUACGUGUUCUGUAUCACAAAACUUUUUUUUAAUGUGCCUUUCAAAUACCAGGGCCACUCCAUAGACAUUUAAACUGGCAAAAAUUUACCUCCCCUCAAAAAAAUUCUGGUUGAUGACUACUUGCACUGUUUCAGCUGUGUCUCAACAAAGCAGAAGGCACACUCUUCUUACAACUGGGCAGUUGAUGUCAAUGAGGAGUUAUUGCAUUUUCUGUGAAAACAAUAAAAUCAUAGGGUUCAAUCCCAUGCUACUUCUUUUCCUACAACCUUCCCUUUGUGGCUCACCCAUUUAAUUCAUUUUCUCAAUGUUACUUUUAGAAUGCAAUGUAUGUCAUUUUCUACUCUGUCUUCGGAGAAAAGCUACUACAAAAUUGAUUUUUUUUCUCAAAGCUAAUUUGAAAAGUUGGCUGAAUAUUCACAGUAUAUAAACAUAGAAUCGUAUGUGAAGUAUGUCAACUAGGAACAGUCCCUAGUGGGUUAAUGUCUGCUUGGAAAUAAAAGAGAGAUAUAACGAUAAAGCUUCCACACAUUUCUAUAUGGAUUACUUCAUGAGCACAUGUUCAUUUAAAGCUCAAUAAAUUUAUGAGUAGUGCUUUCACUACCCUGAACCCAUGUGAGAAUUUCAAACAGGAAUCCAAAAUUUGGAGUAAGGCUGAGGUUAAACUCUGGGUAGAAACUGCAAUAGUUUUCUCAAGGAUAUAUUUACAACUGAUUGAAUUUAAUUUCAAUUGUACUAAUUUUCAUUGAGUUGAUCUGAAAUGUAUUCUUAUUUUUCAAUAAAAUGAUGGGAAAAUCUAUGAGUAGGGAUGAGCUUGGUAGUUUUGCUUGUUUUUGUAAGGCUCUUCACUGUUGCCCUGGGUUUCCAGGCUAUCAUUUUUAUUUCUCGAGUCUCACCAGUAUAUUUAAAUGUAUAAGUUUAAUCAAAUAUGCAUUGUGUUAAAUUUAUAUGCAAAUGAGUUACAUUGGAGACCAUAAAGUUUAGAUUUCACUUAAUUGACAUUUUGAUAUUUUUCUUCCGAAUAGUUUCAGAUAGCUGUAUGUUAUUUUCCUUUGGAUUUUUUUUCAAUAAAUGACAUUAUGUUAAAUACUC